UCUGGCCGAGGGCGAGGCUGCAGCCAGCACCUGGCGGCCGCCCCCUGUUGUUCACAGAUCUGCACUGGUAGCUUGCAUGGGGGUUUUGGAAGCCAGGGGCGAGGGCUUCGAGGCCACUCGUUGUCUUAUCUCUGGCCGCAUCAGAAGACUUGAGGAAAGGCCAACGGGUGGCAGAGUCCCCUUCCCCCCUCCCUUCUCCCUUUUGCAAAUAAUGCAGUGUUUUUCCCUUGGCGGAAUAAAGCCCUUUUGCGAAGGAGCUCUUUUUAAUUCCACAGCAGACAAGAUCUUGGCGAAGGAAUAAGUUAGUUGUUAUUGUUAACACGUGUCUCCAAACUACCUUGUGAUUAGGUUUUUAAUAAGGCCUACCCUUGAAUCCUCACGAUUUAAAAACUGCGUGUAGUUUUCCCCUAUUGGAGGUCAUUCCUGUGUUUACUUUAAAUGAUGUGGCAAUGCUUUAGUAUUUUAACUGAGCUGCAAAUGUGUGUUGAGAGGGAGAGAGGUUAGGCUAGUAAUAAAACAGGCUUCCGGGAAAGCAAUAGAGCAGGAGUGGUUAGAUUAGAAGUUGAUCGGGAUCUACACGCAGCGUUUUUUUGGGGGGGGGUGUAGUAGAUCACCAAAGGUUACCUACUUGGCAUUUGGCAACAGCAGGAAGGUUUUCAUUAGGCAGCUGUACUAAGAAAACUUAAGGUAGACAGGAGUGGAAUUUUUGUUAAAAGGACUGCUAAUUCUGAUAGCUACUGUGAAUCCCUAGAUUCCAGGUGUGCUCAAAAGGCACUCUGUUCUUUAAUUCUAAUUGUGUGCCAUUUGCACUUUACUGUCUGAAUUUCUAGUAAACAAAAACAAACAAACAAACCCAAACUACUGUACAUCCAAGAAGCCUGAAAACCUGCCCCACCCUGCAGUAGUGUGAGAUGGUUGUACAAAGCCUUGAAUUUGAUGAGGUUUGGAAUGAAUGCAGGGAGUGAGAGGAUACCAAUGGAGAUUAAGUGGAAAAGGCAGUGACAAAGUGGCGGGAGAAAGAUAAUUUCAACAGUUGUUUUGUACAGUGUGGAGAACAAAGAUAUGGUAAAAGGUGUAUGAAGAAGUUGUGCAAAUGACAUGUUAGGGACAAGUCAAAUGACAAGUUAGGGACCUGAACAUACAGGAAUGUUUGAAUUGUUAAAAUUGAAAAGAAACUAAUGUCUUGGGGUGGGGGUGGGGAGAUAUAGUGAGUAUUUAGUAUCCUUUAAUUUAGAUUGAUUGGGGAAUUUAUAAGGGGAAAUAGGGGAAGUUCAGGAUCUUCUUAUUUGAUCCUCGCAACAACCCCGUCAAGUUGGUUCGGCUGAGGGAAAGUGACUGUCCCAAAGUCAGGCACUGAGUUUUAUAACUGAGUUGGGGUUUUGAACCCGAGUAUCACAGGUUCCAGUCGUGACGCCUUAACCACUAUACCAUACCUUAUUUACGAGUAAUCAAAUAACAUCCACUGGGUUGAAUCUGAACUUUCUCUAUAGCAUGUUUCAGAGGGGAAAACAAGGUGUAAAUGAGAAACACUUGUGGCAGUCAUAUUGGAGGCUUCGACAUUUCCUAGUAAAAGUGGCCCUCCAGUAGAGUGGGUUGCUGGCAAGUGUACUGUUUUGCAUGAUGCACGUUACGUAAAAUAAAUGAAGCAUCUAGUUUGAAGCAGAAGAUGGAGUAGACUGUUGGCACUGGUGAAAUCUCUGCACAGCUUCUGAAUGGAGUGCAAGUAUCUCAGUUGCUGGAUGUCAUGGGUGGGAGAGUGCUCUUGUUCUCAUGUCUGGAUUGAGAACUUUGCACAGGGGUUUUGCUUGGCGACUGUGAAAACAGAAAAUACCCUGAACUACAUAGGUUUUGGGUGCAGUAGGCUCAUCUUAUGUUCUUGAGCAUAAACAGAUAAAUCUGUAGAACAAAGGACUUUUUCUCAUAAUUCUGGAGGUGUCAAAACAAAAGUUCUCUCUGAGAAGAUAGAUUGUUGUUAUCGUUUAGUCGUGCCCAACUUUUCAUGGCCCCAUGGACCAUAGCACGCCAGGCACUCCUGUCUUGCACUGCCUCCCGCAGUUUGGUCAAACUCAUGUUCGUAGCUUCGAGAACACUGUCCAACCAUCUCGUCCUCUGUCGUCCCCUUCUCCUAGUGCCCUCAAUCUUUCCCAACAUCAGGGUCUUUUCCAGGGAGUCUUCUCUUCUCAUGAGGUGGCCAAAGUAUUGGAGCCUCAGCUUCAGGAUUUGUCCUUCCAGGGAGCACUCAGGGCUAAUUUCCUUAAGAAUGGAUAGGUUUGAUCUUCUAUAGCUUAAAAAAAAUUAUAGUGUUGAAAUGAAUUAAGCUAUCACUACCUUCUUGGAUUUGUUUUCCAGCAAAAUAAAUAGUUUGCUUUUGAAAUGCAGGCAACAUUUAGGUUUGUGUUGUGCAUGUUCGAGUAAAUGUCUGUUACACAAAUACUACAUCUAUUUUAAGAGCUGUUUCAUCAUCCCUGUUGCAGAUUCAACAGGUUAUAGGCACUUCUCUUUGCCGCUGAAGAUAAACAGCUAAGAGCAGAGACAAGAAGAUUAAUUUGGGGGUCAUCUUGGCUCAUAAGUCCGUACAGAAGUAUAUUUGUCAAGGUGCCUGUUGGUUUUUCCAAACGUCCCACAAAGAAGCAAUGCAUGUCCCUUGAGGAUCCCUGACCUUUAGCAACUUGAUAAUAGCUAUCUGGAUAUCACCAGCAUUUCCCAUGUUAACAGUUCUGAGCAUGUUUUACUACAUUUGCCUUCGACGCCGAGCCAGGACAGCUACAAGGGGCGAACCUAUGAACAAUCGGAGAGCUAUUGAAUCAAACAGAGCCUUACCUAUCAACGUCGAAGUGGUCCAAUAUGCCAAAGAAGUGUUGGAUUUCAGUUCCCAUUAUGGUAGUGAAAACAGCAUGUCGUACACCAUGUGGAAUUUGGCUGGAACUCCUAAUGUGUACCCUAGCUCUGGUGACUUCACACAGACUGCUGUAUUUCGAACUUACGGAACAUGGUGGGAAGUCUGUCCUAGUGCACAAUCACCUUUCACAAGGACACCACCCAAUUUCCAUAGUCACGACUAUGUAGAGCUGGCUUUUGAUGAACCAGUUUAUCCCACAGCAAUACACGUCCUGGAAACCUAUCACCCUGGUGCUGUCGUUAGGAUUUUGGCAUGUUCUGCAAGUCCUUAUUCCCAAACUCUGCCUGCUGAAGUAAGAUGGGAAAUCCUUUGGUCAGAGCCACCCACCAAGGUAAAUUCACCUCAGGCACGUCGGUUUGCGCCUAGUAUCAAACGGAUAAACUUUCCUACAAACCUAAUUCGCCUAGAAGUGAAUAGUUCUCUUCUGGAUUACUACACCGAGUUGGAUGCAGUAGUACUACAUGGUUUGAGAGAGAGGCCUGUGCUUUCUCUUAAUACUUCAUUGAUUGAUAUGAAUGAUCUGGAUGAUGAUGAAGAAGAAGAUGGAGAGCAAGACACCUGCAGCAUGGACAGCCUUAAUAAGCAGUUUAGUGCGGCUGCCUUCAAGGAAUGGACAACUAAUGGAUACUUUGAUAAAUUGCCUUAUGAGCUUAUCCAGUUGAUUUUGAGUCACCUUGCAGUCCCAGAUCUGUGUAGACUAUCGCAGACAUGUAAGCUACUUUAUCAGCACUGCUGUGAUCCUCUGCAGUACAUUCACCUGAGUUUGCAACCUUAUUGGGCAAGAAUAAACGACACAGCUCUAGAAUACCUACAGUCUCGCUGUAUCCUUGUCCAGUGGCUGAAUUUAUCUUGGACUGGAAACAGAGGAACCAUUUCGCUAUCUGCUUUUGGCAGAUUCUUGAAGGUUUGUGGUUCAGAACUAGUGCGCCUGGAGUUGUCUUGUGGUCAUUUCCUCAAUGAGGCAUGCUUGGAGGUCAUUGCUGAGACAUGUCUGAAUCUUCAAGAAUUAAAUCUCUCCUCCUGUGAUAAGCUACCACCUCAGGCUUUCAAUCACAUUGCCAAGUUGUGCAACCUUACACGUCUAAUUCUCUACCGAACGAAAGUAGAGCAAACAGCACUGCUCAGCAUUCUGAACUUCUGUUCAGAUCUUCAGCACCUCAGCCUGGGUAGCUGUGUAAUGAUUGAAGACUAUGACACAAUAGCUAGCAUGAUGGGAGCCAAGUGCAAAAAACUUCGUACGCUGGAUUUAUGGCGAUGUAAAAACAUUACUGAAAAUGGAAUAGCAGAGCUAGCUUCCGGCUGCCCACUGUUGGAGGAGCUGGAUCUUGGCUGGUGCCCAACCCUUCAGAGCAGCACCGGCUGCUUUGCGCACCUUGCGCGUAAACUCCCAAACUUGCAAAAGCUCUUUCUGACAGCCAACAGGUCUGUGUGUGAUUCCGACAUAGAUGAACUUGCUGCAAACUGUACUAAUCUCCGGCAGCUUGAUAUUUUGGGCACAAGAAUGGUGAGCCCUGCUUCUUUAAGAAAAUUGCUGGAGUCUUGCAAAGAUCUUUCCUUACUUGACGUGUCCUUCUGUUCACAAAUUGAUAAUAGAGUUGUCCUAGAACUGAAUGCCAAUUUUCCUAAUGUGCUCAUCAAGAAGAGUUUCACUCAGUGACUCACUUCAUAUGCUGCUAUAUGGAAUUGAUUUGACAAUUCCGUUUCCUGCGAAUUUGUGCUGACUUUUUUCAAAGAAAAAUAUUCUGUGAAUAAUGGGGAAAAGUUAACUCUUCUUGACAUGAAGGUUAAACGUCAAAUCAAAGAUUUAAAAUGUGAUAAGCCAUUAUUCCGUGUACAGUUUCCAGUUACUGUACUUCACAAGUGGACCUCCAUAUUUGAACUAGAAAGAAUCAUGUAAAUGUAAGGUGGCAUACAUUUAAAUGCAUAUUAAGGAGCAUUCAAGGCUGCUUGGAUUUUAACAGUGAAAUAAGCUUGUAGCAAAAACAAAGCAAGAAAUAAAAGAGAGACCUCAAUUUUUAAGUUUUAGCAGUAGUCUUUUGUCUCUCAUUGCUUCUACCUUCAUUCUUGCUACAAGUAGUUCUACCCAGGGACUGUAGGAUUGCACCCCAAUAAACUAAACUUUUAGUUACACAUAAAAAUCUGUGACCUUCUUAGUUAAUCAAAGAGCUGACAGACUAAAGAUCCUGCAUUAUAUGAUACAAGUUCUAUGGGUGUCUCUUGCUUUUAGGAAUCCUAGCAACUUAAGCAUCAGGCUAUUGCCAGCCAUCCUUAUUGAUGGUUUCUCUCUCCACUUACACUACUAGGUUGAGUCUAAGGAUGGGGGAACCAGUGAUGGUGCAGAAGAAAAGGCUUUGAAAGACAAAGUAGAUACAAAGCAAGCCAGGAGAAGUUGGCCCAUCACUAAUUAUCAGUCCUACAUUUACAUAUCUGAUUUUCAGAUGUACAAUUAAAGUAUUUCUGUAGCUAUAUAAUAAUCCCUUUCAAUUAGACAUAGACUUCCAAGUUUAAAAACACAACAAAUAUUAAUCUGAUAGAUUAUGAUUGAAACAAUGAUAAUAAAAGAUUACAAUUUAAGAGGAGACAAAGGAGAAACCCCGUGCACGGAUUCAACCUCGUGUUUUUUCCAGUUUCUGCAUGUUUUAUGCAUCCAGCAACCACAUCUCGUUUGGAUUUAUUGCAAGGUGGGGGAACACUUCAUGUUAUAGAGUCCCAUAUGGUUGGAAGCAAAGGUUCCAUCCUUGGUAGGAUUAUUCUGUUGGAGAAAGCCAACUUUUGUAAGCAAAUGAAUAUGAAUAUUAUUUAUUAGUGUAGCUGAAGCCAUUACAAAAAAACAAAAUUCAUAAAACACAUUACGCAGUUAAAACAAUGAUUUAAACCAGAACUGAAAUCAGUAAGUGUGAGAUGGUAUAAAAUAGUUGUACGUAUUUCUUUUAUUUUAAUGAAUCUUUAGCAUGUGUAAGUUUCUCUGGAUUGCAUGCUUAUUCUGCUGAUGUUGCGUCUUAUAGUAAAUACCAGUAAGACAACAGGAUUUCUAUUCCAAGACGUCUGCUGCAGCAGUGAAUAGUACCCCCCAAAGCACUGAAAUUUAAAAUGAAAAAGGAGGGACUAUUGGAGAAAGACAUACAGUGGUACCUCUACUUACGAAUUUAAUGCGUUCCGAACACACAUUCGUAAGUCGAAAAAAAUUGUAAGUUGAAUCCCAUAGGAAUGCAUUGGGAGGAAAAGUUCGUAAGUCGAAGCAACCCUAUCUAAAAAUUCGUAAGUAGAAAAAAUCCUAUCUAAACUGCAUCCAAGAUGGCGGACGGAGCUCCGUUCGUAAGUAGAAACAUUCGUAAGUAGAGUUAUUCGUAAGUAGAGGUACCACUGUAAUUUCAACCAGAAAUAAAUCUCAGCUGUCAGUUCAGUCAUAAAUUAAGGCUCAUUUUUUACUCAACUAUUUUUUUUACUAAAAAUGGGCAGGUGGAACCACUUGGUUCAUUUCUACCACUUUUCCUGAAACUUUUCUACAAGCCUGCAGAAAAUGCUAAGUAGGGUGUGUUGGUCUGCACUCCUACACAGAGAUCACCAUAGGGUAUCGUGCUUGUUUCUUCCAUUUUGGCUUUUCUUUUAGGGAAUUGGAGAUAGCAGGAUUGCUUAGCUACUGAAAUCCUUGGUUGUGUCUCUUCCCCCACCUCCAUUGUGAGGUCAAGUAUGUGAUAACACAAUCGUGUACCUGCCUGUAGAGGAUUGUUACUGAUAUCCAAGAGGUAUAUAGAAAUAACUACAGCAUUCUUUGUGAUCGUGGUAACUGGAGAAUUUGUUGCCACAAUCAUGAAAAUCGCCGCUGGCUGCUUUACAUGCUAUGCAGCUCACAUUAAAGUUCCUUCAUGUGUUGGUUUACCAACAUAUAUAGUCACAUGUGGACACAAUAAAUACACCAUGCAUGUGUGAACCAGGCUUUAAAACAUUGUACUUUGCUGACAGAUGGCUAUCCUAAAGUUGUUCUGUAAAGAUAUUUUUUAUUUUGCAUUUUUUAAAAAUGUUACUUUAUAAAUUAUAUCCAGUGUAAUUAAGAAUUAUAUAUGUACAUACCUGUGACAGAAGAGUGCUUCAUUGAACCCUGUAUAUUUGCAGAUGUUAACAUUCUAAAAUAAGCCUUGUUUUAUGUAAGGAUGUGCAUGUUUAUGUUUUCUUUGCAGUUAGAUAAACACAUUUUUGUUUAAAUAUUGUUAUCACUAUAGUGUUUAAAACGUGUGCCUUCUGUUUUUACAAUCAGUAAUAUGUCUAAAGACAAUGGAUUAUUUUCUCCAUGUAAAUUAGGCUAGGAACGCAAGACUUGUCCAAGAACAAAUUAAACUCUUUAUUCAGACUUCUGUGGCUUGUCAGAUAAUAUUCACUGGUACCGUUCAAAUGAUUUGUAGACUGGCAUUAACUGGAAUGUUCAGAGAAGACUAAGUGUGGUCUGGUUAAGAGCAGUAGACUCGUAAUCUGGGGAAUCUGCUUCACGUCUCCACUCCUCCACAUGCAGCUGCUGGGUGACCUUGGGCUAGUCACACUUCUCUGAAGUCUCUCAGCCCCACUCACCUCACAGAGUGUUUGUUGUGGGGGAGGAAGGGAAAGGAGAAUGUUAGCCGCUUUGAGACUCCUUAGGGUAGUGAUAAAGCGGGAUAUCAGAUCCAAACUCCUCUAAGGGUGCCACCAGACAGCCACUAUUUUGCUCAAGGGAGCUUUGUGAAGCUAAAGUGGAUUAAAAGUCUCUGUUGCCCUAGUGAAUUUAUCCACUGUAAAAAAAAAAAACCUGACAUUUUGUAGCUUGAAAAGUGGCCAGGAAAUGCAAUGAAAGUGUAGGAUGAUGCUCGUUAUAUAACUGUUCCUCAAACAAAUCAGAAUGAAUUCACAGCAAAGGUUAGAUGCAGUCUAUCCUCUGCAUAAGCUAUGUGCAAGCAAACUAGGAUGAAUAAACAGGUUGUCUGGAGAUGACUUGAGGUUCAAAUUAGAUCCUACAUUGACUUCACAUCUGUGCUCUUCUAAGUAUAGGUUUUUACAACUCAAAUUGCCAGCACAGAAAUCCUGGCUACACCCAUGGAAGCCAUCAAUCUAAGAUUACAUUUAUAAGCAUAGCCUAGAGGAAUUUUACAACACAGUCAAAUUGAUUGAUUGAUUGAUUGAUUGACUGAUUAUUAGGCAGCAUCCCUUCUACCACUAUUAGGUUUUUU